UUCACAGAACAUGCAGCAAACCUCUCUGAUUAAGGUGUGUUAACAGAACAGAACAUUAAUAUAGUCAAACUUGAGAAUUUUUUUUUUUUGUGGCACUUUUUAUGUCUUGAUGGGAAGUCGUCUGUGAGUGGCCUGUUUUACUUAUAAUCCAUGACUUUUGCAUGACAGUUCCUGUUUGUCUGGCUUUCAAAAAAAAGAGAACAUUUCUGCCUAAUUUUGUUUAAAUACUCAGGGAAACUAAAACUGAGUGUUGCAACCUGAUUUAGCCCUUUUUUCCAUUUUCAAAGCAUCAGUAUACACAUAUACAUCAGUGUAAAUAAAGUCACACCUAAUUUAAUUAUCAGAGCGGUAUUAAUGUGGAGGUGGGGACUGUGGCAUUCAACUCUAAUCAUAUCUGAAUGGGCCACAAAGCCACGGGAGUAAUCAGAUUACUGUAACGCCAUCACCAGUAGAGGUAGCGGCGGUGCGCUCUGGAGUCUCCAUAAAAGUUAGUGCGCGCAGAGCGGAGCUGUCAGACUGGGAAGGGACGCGGCGGUGCAAAGACUGAAGUGAUUGAUCGGGAUCCAUCUUCAUUUCUUUCUUUUUUUUAAUAUUAUUUUUCACCAGCCGAACCACAUUCAUUUCUAAGCGCGUGAUCCCACCCUCUGGGCGACUCUCGUUCCCCAAAGGCGCAACGACACGACUCAAUUAAAGCUCCGCUGAGUCCGAGAGGUUUGUGGACUACACCGGAAUAAAUAAAAAGAGGCAGGAGCAGGUUUUGGAUGCGGGGGACUCUCGUUGUUGGAUGACAUGCCCACGCUUUACUCUCAGAAUACAACCAAUCGCGUGUGAUAAACCUGGGGAAAGAAGAAACCCUCAGCGCUCCCGAUUUUUUUUUUUUAAUCUAUUUCUAUUUUUUUUUUUUUUUUUUAUUUCCUUUCGGUACUUCAGGACGCAAAUGUCUCCACACCACAGGCACAACACUGGAUUGUAGCAGCGGCCCCGCCAAUGGUUUAAAAGGGCGUUAAGGUGCGGGAAGGGAGUGGGACAAUUACAGUCAUUGAGCUGACACGCUCCUCCUCACCGACGGAGGGAUUUGGAGUCUCGCUCAAGGACGUCAGGCUGUCACGGGGAUCAAACCUGCGUCCUUCCAGGAUGAGUGAGCUAUACACCUCCAUCGGAAGCAAAGGGGCUCUACUUUUAAUGGUGCUCGUGGUCAGUAUCUGGGAGAUGACCGUACCGACAGAGGGAACAACGGCAGCGCACCAUGUCCGAACAGGCACCUGCGAGGUGGUGGCGUUGCACCGCUGCUGCAACAAGAACAAAAUCGAGGAACGGUCUCAAACUGUGAAGUGCUCCUGCUUUCCCGGGCAAGUGGCCGGCACCACCAGAGCUGCUCCUUCAUGUGUAGAUGCCUCAAUAGUGGAGCAGAAGUGGUGGUGUCAGAUGCAUCCGUGCCUUGACGGGGAGGAAUGCAAAGUUCUUCCUGAUCUCAAGGGCUGGAGCUGCGCUACGGGGAACAAGAUCAAAACUACGAAGAUUUCUGCUGACAGAGACCAGCUCUGGUAACGUCAGAGGCUUCACAGCGGAGUCCAGGUGAACCAACUGUUCUGGUUGCGUCGGAUCAUCAAAAGGAGAGGAGUAAUGAAAAGGACCUUUUCUGUAAAUAGAGACAUCCUUCCUUCUGGACUGCAAUUAAUCUUUGGAAAACUCUGACUGCUUCUUCUUGAACUCUAUGGACAUGACAAAGAGAAGUAGAUCCUAUUAAAAGCACUGAUCAUUCAGUGCUCCAUGUGAAGGACUCCAUAUGACUAGCCUUAUCGGACGAAAGGAUUUAAUCUCUGACAUUGUACUGCUUGUAGUGGAAUACAAUGGUAAACCCUGCCUAUAUGUUCAUUUCUAGACUAAUAUGUCCUUUACAAGGGAUGUUCUUCGAGGGCGAAGCGCAGGUCAGUAUCUUGUAUAAUCAUUGCAAAUAUUGAACAGAAAAUGUAAUUCCGUUUUAUCAGUCCGUUGUGUUUUUCUUCUCAAACAAAGUGUAGUUUCAAAAAGUUCAAAUAGAGGUGAAAAUAUGUGUCUUAGCAGCACAUAUUCAGGGUGAUUUUCAAAGAAAUGCACAACCACAUUCAUCAUUAUCUGUGUAUUAGGUGUUCCAUUCAACCCAGAUACUGCUGAGAAUUUAAGUACCGCUGGACUAAGCCAGUGCUCAAAAAGGUAUAAACAGAUCAAACCUGCCAGGUGUUAACCGACAGAAAGCUGAAUCCAGCCUUGGUGUACUUUUCCUCUGAAAAUCACUCUACCAUUUCAUGUCACUUCUGUCAGAUUAGGUUUUUUUUUUUGUUGUUUCUUUUUUUUUAGUUUUGCAGUUCUAGAGUUCAGAUUUCUGACAAGUGCUGUGUCAAUUAAAUACGGCAUCUGGUCGUCUGCUAGGUGAUGACAGUGAACGUUCCGCAAAACCUUUUUCAGCUAGUUACUCAACUCUGAUUGCUGACCACCUAUCAGUAGGUAUCGCUGACACUUUCUUUGUCUGUGUAAGUAAUGGCAUCAGUAAUAAACUAUGGUU